AUGACCACCACGGGGCGAUUCAACGUGCUUGCACACCUCACGGCAGCGCUGAUUUGCUCAGUGGUGCUGGUCUCGGCGAGCCCAAGCCUGGUGCUCGACCAGGCCUACCUGCAGUCGACCGUCUCCACGGACUUUGUGGUGUCGUCGUCUUCGUCCGGCUCGUCGUGCUUCGUGCCGCGGUGCCUCACACCCGACGCGGCCAACCAACGACGGCUCCUGCGCUUCGGGCUGCGCGUGCAGAACCAGGGCGACGCCGAGGCCAGCCUCGCACUGGGGUCGGCCGCCGCGUCCACGGUCACGAACGACGCCUGCUCGGCCGCCACGAGCAUCAACGACUUCGUGUCGCUCGCCGUUAAGGACUCCUCCAAUGCCGUGAAGGCCUCGGGCGUGCGUGAUCUGUGCCUUUUUGACCAGGAGACGGUCACGGGAUACUCGGGCGGGGGCAGUGGCCUUUCCGCCGGAUGGCAGGUGACCUACACGAAGGACGUCACCUGCAUGUACCUGGACAUCACCGGGCUCGCGGCCGGCAGCUACACUUUGGAGGCGACGCUCACGUCGGUUUUCAACGGCUCAGCCGAAUCCACCACGACGGCGCCGUUCACCAUCGACAACUCCUGCCCGCCGGCCGCCAACUACGGCUCCCCUCAAUACACCCCCAACACGGCGGCUGCGUGGGUCGACCCUGUCGCAAACGGGCACACGAGCGUCGCACUCCCGAGCGCCGGGAGCUUCAGCGCUUCGGUCGGGUUGGGCUCGACUCCCUGGAUCUUCGGCUGCACCAACUUCGAGUCGUUUGCGAUGGACGUGGCCGGCAGGGUCUCGUUCGCUGCGCAGGGCUCCAGUGUGCCGACCGACACCAAGCUCGACUUCACCCUCGCGCCCUUCAAUGCCCUCUUCCUAAAUGGUACGGGGUAUUAUCAACUCACGGGGACUUCGCCCUCCCGCGUGCUUCUGGUCUCCUGGGUGGACAUGAAGGCCAGCGACACCUACACCAACCUCGCCUGGCAGGCUGAGAUCAACGAGAGCGGAGACGUCGUUUUCCGAUACCGGAACGUCACCUACCAACUGGAUGGCGUGGACGCGGGCGAAGGCCGUCGGCAGAACAUCUACGUCUGUGGCGGCGGUGACGACAUGAACUGCGCCAUCUUCACUGAGCAGGCGGUGACGAAUGGCAGCGCGGUGGUGAGCGACAACUCGACCGUCCGCUUCCCCCGGCGACUACCCGGCGAUGGCACCACACGGCCCACCGUGUCCAUGGUACGCCCGCUGCUCAGCUUCGCGCUGCGCUCUCGCGCGGGAGCAGGAAUGCUGAAGAUGUGCGCGCGCCGACAGAGCAACUCGCCAAGCGGGAACUCGUUCGUGGAGGGGACGGUGGUGACCUUCACUGCCAGCACCAGCGCCCCGGCCACGCUGGGCUGGUCCUUCGGUGACCGCUUCUACCCGCAGGAGAUCACCGAGACGGGCGUACACAACUUCACCACCCCAGGCACGUACAACGUCCGGCUGACGGCGUUCGACGGGACGUACUACGUGACCUCGAGCAAGACCAUCAUCAUAGUCAGCUCGCACGGCGGCGGCGGUUGGGAUUCGGAGGACACGCUGGCCUUGAUGCUGGGGCUCUUCAUCCCUCUCACGGUGAUCGUGUGCGUGGUGGCGAUCAUCGUCGCCGCUGUCAUCUUCUUCUUCGGCCGCGGCAUUGUGCCCUCCGGCGGUGCCUGGUGGAACAAAGAUCCCGAGUACGUCAACACGGAAGCGCCCAUCGCUGCCGCACUCUAG